GCCGUGGCCGCAUCCCAACCCAGUCCAAGAAAUCAGUGUAAUUAGCAAACUUGGUGACCGUCUCAGAAAAUAGAGUAAACGAAAAGCAAAUAGCCAUAACAAAAACAAAGAAAAAAGGGAUUACAAGAACCGAAUUGAAUUGAAGUUGAAGAAGAAAAUGGCAUGCCACUCUGCUUCUGCUAUUUCAUCUUCUCUUCGCAUAACAAAUCCAUUACCCACAAAAUCUCUUCUCUCUUUCCCUCCCACCUCAUUUCAUGUCCUCCCUUUCCACAAAUCCCUCACCUUUCUUUCCUUGCGUUCUUCCACUAAAUCACCCACCAAGUCUCUUCAAGUGAGAUCAGUGGCUACCCCUACAGAAUCAAUAGCGGGGUUUGAUGACAUGGUUGCUAGUACUGAGAGGAAGUAUUACAUGCUAGGUGGGAAAGGAGGGGUAGGGAAGACAAGCUGUGCUGCUUCACUUGCUGUUAAGUUUGCAAAUAAUGGACAUCCUACGCUCGUAGUUUCCACCGAUCCAGCACAUUCUUUGAGUGAUUCUUUUGCUCAGGAUUUGGCAGGGGGAGCAUUGGUACAAGUGGAUGGACCUGAUUCUCCACUUUUUGCGCUUGAAAUAAACCCUGAUAAGGCUAGGGAAGAUUUCAGAGAUGCAGCUAAACAAAAUGGUGGAAGUACUGGAGUCAAAGAUUUCAUGGAUGGCAUGGGUCUUGGAAUGAUAGUAGACCAGUUAGGAGAGCUAAAACUGGGAGAAUUACUGGAUACACCUCCUCCUGGACUGGAUGAAGCUAUUGCGAUUUCAAAGGUUAUGCAAUUUCUUGAAUCGCCGGAAUAUAACAUGUUCACUCGCAUUGUAUUUGAUACGGCACCUACAGGUCAUACAUUACGUUUAUUGUCGUUACCUGAUUUCUUGGAUGCAUCCAUCGGAAAAAUACUAAAGCUAAGACAAAAGAUAGCUUCUGCUACUUCUGCAAUUAAAUCCGUGUUUGGGCAAGAAAAUACUCGUCAAGAUGCUGCUGACAAAUUGGAGAAGCUUAGAGAGAGGAUGAUAAAAGUGCGCGAGCUUUUCCGUGACACUGAUGCAACAGAAUUUGUUAUUGUUACAAUCCCCACGGUGAUGGCAGUUAGUGAGUCAUCUAGAUUGAGUGCCUCCUUGAAGAAGGAAAGUGUUCCUGUGAAGAGACUCAUUGUCAAUCAGAUUCUUCCACCAUCCGCAUCCGAUUGCAAGUUUUGUGCCGUGAAAAGAAAGGAUCAAACGCGUGCUCUUGAUAUGAUUCAGAGUGAUCCAGAGCUCUCGACCUUAUCGAUGAUCCAAGCACCACUUGUUGAUGUUGAGAUAAGAGGUGUUCCUGCUCUCAAAUUUCUGGGUGACAUUAUCUGGAAAUGACUAAUCAGACAGCAAUUCAAGAAAUGAUUAGAUAUACAGUGAAGUGGUAGCUGCUGAAGGAACUAGAAAGUUUUUUGAUUUUUUUAAUUUUCUAUAUACAGUUCAAAAAGAAAAGAAACUAGUUAUUGUAUAUUCACUGACUCAUAGCAUGUAUUUGAAACUAUUUUUUUA